UGAUUUUCCAGACCAGCCAAAGCGCCAUUCUCCCACCCGGCGGCAACAAACUGCAUGCGUGCUUGUCGAUAGAAGAUGGGGGACGAGAAUGUGUUUUCACAUUGCUACCUAGGUAGGAAAGCAAGCCUCUACCAUUAUUGGAUCAACAUCCUGUUUGUUUGCAAUACCUACGUGGGACUUCACUGCCGUCCGCUGUGGUUCAUUCACCCACCUACCUCUCUACCCUAUCCACUCAGUCAGAGAUCGUUGACAAUGGCUUGGCCAGACGCCAACGUCGCUAAUGCGAUGGUCGAAGAGGCGAUCAGCAACGGUGGCUGGAACGCCGUGCUGAGCAGCGUCUUCCCCUGCCCUACAUGGCUCGUGGUGCCGGAGCAGCAAAUGGCGCCGCGGCGCUUCGAUCUUGCUCUGGUAAGGGUCGCCGACAUCAAACUCAUUCUCGCAUUCGAAGGCAAGGGCAACAACUUCAACUGGGACAAUCUUGCCAGCGAGGUCCAACAAUGCUGUAUCGCGACUCGGCCCCAGGGUUAUCAAGGACGCAAUUAUGGGAUGGGCGGUCGAGGACCUGAAUGCCUCUUCCUUGAGUACAAUGGCACUCAAGCGUCCUACCUGUACGUCGACAAUACGGCCACGGUUAGGACAUCUCAGUAUCGCCGCACAUACCACAUCACGACAAAUCGACAUGAGAUUACUCAGAUCCUCCAGUUCAUCGCGGAUAAAUUUUAGUCAUGUAUCAAAGCCAUCAUCGAGUCUUCUUCUCUAGCAAAUCUACAAUUGAGGUUAUUAUCUCGA